CUUAGGAAUUCCAAAACAGUUUUGAUUGGUAAAGACUAAAAAAGUAGGAUGGUCCAUGAACUAGCAGAAAAUCCUAAUUUUUUUAUAGUGCAUUAAUUUGUGUACCAUAUAUAUAAUGGCUUCUAGCUAUCUUGCCCUUUGAGAUUGUAAAGCUGCUACGCCCUCAUGAAGCAAACACUCAGAUACUUGACAGGCAUUGCAGGGCCAAGUGGUUAUGGCUCAAGAUCAACUGCUGAGCAAGUUACUGAAGAUUGUUCUUCCAACGUUUCAUCUCCUCUCACUGCUAUAAUCACUGGGGCGACUUCCGGCAUUGGAGCUGAAACAGCAAGAGUGUUAGCAAAGAGAGGGGUUAGAGUUGUGAUUCCGGCGAGGGACCUAAAAAAGGCAGUUGAAGUGAAGGAGGAGAUUCAGAAAGAGAGUCCAGAGUCUGAGAUCAUAUUGUUUGAGAUAGAUCUAAGUUCAUUGGCUUCUGUUCAGAGAUUUUGUCAUGCGUUUCUAGCUGUAGGACUUCCCCUUAACAUCCUUAUAAACAACGCUGGGAUUUAUUCAAAGAAUCUGGAGUUCUCAGAGGACAAAAUUGAAAUGACAUUUGCUACCAAUUACUUGGGACAUUACUUGUUGACAGAAAUGCUAAUAGAGAAAAUGAUAGAAACGGCUGAUGAAACAGGCAUCCAAGGAAGAAUUAUUAAUCUCUCUUCAGUAAUUCAUAGUUGGGUGAAGAGAGAUGACUUUUGCUUCGCUCGAAUGCUAUAUCCAAAGAAUUAUAAUGGCACACGCGCAUAUGCGCAGUCCAAAUUGGCUAAUAUAUUGCAUGCAAAGGAAAUGAGCAGGCAGCUCCAGGCAAGGAAAGCAAGAGUAUCGAUAAAUGCAGUACAUCCAGGCAUUGUAAAGACUGGAAUAAUUAGAGCUCAUAAGGGCUUCAUUACAGAUUCCCUGUUUUUCAUUGCUUCCAAGUUACUAAAAUCCACAAGUCAGGGUGCAUCAACCACAUGCUAUGCCGCUUUGAGCCCACAAACAGAAGGUGUCAGUGGGAAAUACUUUACAGACUGUAAUGAAACCAACACCUCGGCAUUGGCCAAUGAUGAAUCUGAGGCCCAAAGGCUAUGGAAGCAGACCCGUGCACUCAUCCACCGACGAUUGCAUUGACCACCACAACCACCACCAUAAAUAUAUCAAGUGUCUCACUCGGUCUCAUCUUAUCACGUAAAAGUGUUAAAAUUAGGAGGCAAGGCGUUCGAUAUCAAUAGGCGUACUUGUUGUAUAUAUAUGAAGUAAAAAUGUUAAACGUCUGUCAAAAGUAUAUGUCAAUAAAAUAACUAUUCUAUUGGCCUUUCUGUAAUAAGAAUAGCCGAAUUACUAUUA